UAAAAGAAGAAAGAUCGCUUUGCUUAUUUUUUAACGUUGGGAGGAGAGGAAAAGUCAGGCAGCGUGAAACCAGCCUCGGUCCUUCCCCGCUGGCGGGGCGGGGUGUCGCAGGCAGCUGCUGAGAGGUCAUUCCCCUGCUUUCGUGUGUAAGUGACACGGCGACACGGCCGGCUUUAUGUGCACAGUGGCAGGGACCCAAAUUGCACGGUGGCUGGCAGGAAAGGCUGUUUGCUUUUCUUGUUUCUUCUGUUUUGUCUGUGUGCUUCCCAACCAGAUGGAACAGAAGUCACUUGGAAGGGCGUAAGGUCGUGUGAAAGAGAUGUUUCCUUUAAAAGAUACGGAGAUGGGUGCCUCCACCUUCUUUGCCUCAGCUCUGCCUCAUGAUGUUUGUGGAAGCAAUGGCCUUCCUCUGACUCCCAACUCCAUCAAAAUUUUGGGGAGAUUUCAAAUCCUUAAAACAAUGACCCAUCCCAGGCUUUGCCAGUAUGUCGAUAUUACCAGGGGUAAGCAUGAGAGGCUGGUUGUGGCUGCUGAACACUGUGAAAGGAGUCUGGAAGAUUUGCUACGAGAAAGAAAACCAGUCAGCUCCUCAAGGAUUUUAUGCAUAGCCUACGAGGUUUUACAAGGUUUGCAAUAUAUGAACAAACAUGGAAUGGUCCACCGAGCACUCUCCCCUUGCAAUAUUCUUUUGGAUCGAAAGGGACAUGUCAAGUUGGCUAAAUUUGGACUCUACCAUAUGACUGCUCAAGGCGUUGAUGUUGAUUUUCCUAUAGGGUACCCGUCGUAUCUGGCACCUGAAGUAAUUGCACAGGGAAUAGUCAAACCAAGCGACCAUACGCAGUGUGAGAAGCCUCUGCCUUCUGGCCCUAAAUCAGAUCUGUGGUCUCUUGGCAUAAUACUAUUUGAGCUUUGCAUGGGGAGAAAAUUAUUCCAAAGUUUGGAAAUAGCAGAAAGAUUAAAAUUUAUAAUUAUGUUGGGCUGUGUAGAUGAUAUUGUAACAGUAUUAGCUGAAGAACAUGGUUGCCUUGAUAUUAUUAAGGACCUUCCUGAAAAUACCAUAGAUUUACUGAAAAAAUGCCUUACAUUCCAGCCUUCUAAGAGACCAACUCCAGAAGAAUUGCUGCAUGACAGUUUGUUCAGUGAAGUAUCCUUGUCAUACCCUCCCUUUCACAAACCUGCUGGUCUGUUCUCAUCUUCUCCAAGGUGUGCUAACUUAACACUUCCUGAAGACAUAAGUCAAUUAUGCAAAGUAGAUGAAGAUAGUGAUUACCUAGCAGAAAGAUCAAUUGAAGAGGUUUAUUAUCUCUGGUGUUUGGCUGGAGGAGACUUGGAGAAAGAACUUGUCAACAAGGAAAUCAUUCGAUCAAAGCCACCUGUCUGCACACUUCCCAACUUUUUAUUAGAAGAUGGUGAAAGCUUUGGGCAAGGACGAGAUAGAAGUUCCCUCCUAGAUGACACAACUGUGACUUUGUCUCUGUGCCAGCUCCGAAAUAGACUGAAAGAUGUUGGUGGGGAAGCAUUUUAUCCAUUACUCGAAGAUGACCAGUCAACUUUACCUCAUUCAAAUAGUAGUAAUGAGCUGUCUGCAGCUGCCAGUCUUCCUCUGAUCAUCCGGGAGAGGGACACAGAGUAUCAGCUAAACAGAAUUGUCCUGUUUGACAGGCUCCUAAAGGCCUACCCAUAUAAGAAAAACCAGAUUUGGAAAGAAGCCAGGGUUGACAUCCCUCCUCUCUUGAGAGGCAUAACCUGGGCUGCCCUGUUGGGUGUUGAGGGUGCCAUACAAGCAAAAUAUGAUGCCAUUGAUAAAGACACACCAAUUCCUACAGACAGACAGAUUGAAGUUGAUAUUCCUCGUUGCCAUCAGUAUGAUGAACUGCUGUCAUCACCAGAGGGUCAUGCAAAGUUUAGGCGUGUAUUGAAGGCCUGGGUUGUUUCCCAUCCUGAUUUGGUAUACUGGCAAGGUCUUGAUUCUCUUUGUGCACCAUUCCUGUACUUGAAUUUUAACAAUGAAGCUCUGGCAUAUGCCUGCAUGUCUGCUUUCAUACCCAAGUAUUUGUAUAACUUCUUUCUGAAGGACAAUUCUCAUGUUAUUCAAGAAUACUUGACGGUGUUUUCCCAGAUGAUUGCAUUCCAUGAUCCAGAGCUGAGUAACCAUCUCAAUGACAUUGGUUUUAUUCCAGAUCUCUACGCAAUUCCUUGGUUUCUUACAAUGUUUACACAUGUCUUCCCUUUGCAUAAAAUUUUUCACUUGUGGGAUACGCUACUGCUUGGAAAUUCCUCCUUCCCAUUCUGUAUAGGAGUGGCUAUACUUCAACAACUGAGGGAUCGUCUUCUGGCUAAUGGAUUCAACGAAUGCAUUCUCCUUUUUUCAGACUUACCAGAGAUUGACAUUGAGCGUUGUGUUCGUGAGUCAAUCAACCUGUUUCGCUGGACCCCAAAGAGUGCUACGUACAGGCAAUAUGCACAGCCUCCUCGACAAGCUGGUGACAGCAACGGCACGAGAAGUUCGAUGUCCUGCUUUUCAGCAGAUUAUCAGGAAGCACCUAGAAGUGACCUGUCUAGGGAUUCUAUCAAGCUGGAUGACCUGAAAGCAGAGGUGUCACCACGUAUUUCAGCAGAAGAUCUGAUUGACCUGUGUGAGUUGACGGGACCUAGUCAUUCCAAAACACCUGUAAAGAAAACAAAGCCUAGCAAACCAAAGCUGCUGGUGGUGGACAUUCGUAACAGUGAAGACUUUAACCGUGGCCACAUUUCUGGCAGCAUCAAUGUCCCAUUUGCAUCAGCAUUUACUGCAGAAGGAGAUCUCAUCCAGUGCCCAGCAACUGCCACGCUCCAGAGCUUUAAAGGAAGAGUUGUGGUGAUCGUAGGAAAUGCAGUGAAGAACACAGCUGCUUUUGCAGCUCAUCUAGUGAAGAAUAAAUACCCACGGGUCUGCAUUCUAGAUGGAGGAAUCAACAAGAUCAAGCCAACUGGUCUCCUCACUGUUCCUUCUCCACAGAUAUAAGUGACUGUAAAUGUUUGGGACGAUCUGUCUCGGUAGGCAAGUCUUACAGUUCAGCAUGCGUAUCCUGAACUCAAAGGGCAUUAUGUUAUUUUCACUAUACAACCUCUCUGGAUGAUCAGUUGUCUUAACCUGCAGAUCAAGAGCAGAGGUAUUUUACACUUAUUCUUUGAUAAAGAGCUUCAGCUAGCACAGAUGGAAAAUGUGAAUCUUAAGGUUUUGUACAAAACUUCUUUCAGCAAUGAUGUAUUAUGCAACUGGCUGAGCUCAUCUGCACAGAGAAAGAGAAACUCAGCUGGCAUUUGGUUUCUUAGAAAUUUUUCUGCAGAAUGAAAUAAACUGGCAAGUGAUGGCUUGAAGCUGCACUUAAAUAGAUUAUUUUUCAAAGGUAUUUUACUGUGAAUAUUGAAAGUAAUGAGCUGAAGUUCUGUCCUGUAUAUCAAAGAAGGAAAAAAUGUGUUCUCUUUUAUUUUGAAGAAUAAUUGCUGUAUCUUGUGACCUACUUUUUUGUUGUUGUUGUUUGGAGAAAGCGUUUUUCAUCUGGAUUGGAAAUAAAGAUAUGUCCUAGGCUGGAGAUCACUGUAA